AUGGCGACGAGCAACGACGGCUCUUCCUCCGGAGAAGAUCGUGAAGCUCCCGAAACUACGCAUGCGUCCUUUCAUGCGACUCCGGCGCCGCUACCACCCGCCUCAAUAGAAACCAUCAUGGCGCACCUUGCACAGCAGGACGCUGCCCAGAAGGCAGCGACCGACCAAAUCGCGGCGCUCGCAAAAAUCUUAGCCCCUCUUGCCGCGAACGUGGAAGCUUCGACGGUGCAGUACCGAAGACAUAUGUUUAAUACAGAUAGAGCGAUCGGCGCGACACCGGCGCACGCUGAAGAUCAAGAUGUCAACGACGGCGAUAUGGCUCAAACCCCUGGAGGUCUUAACGCACAGACGAUAAACGAACUCGCUGCGUUAAAGCAAUCAGUGCUCGAUAUAAACUCCAAGAUUUACAACGUAACGACGUCCACUCCUCAAAUCGAGAGUGUCCUUGCAGAAUCUCUCCGGACGCCGUUCACGGAAAAAAUAAUGAAGGUUCGACUCCAAAAGAUGGAAAAGCUCCGUCUUCCGACCUUCGAUGGCGUUUCCGACCCUUCUGCCCACCUCACGUCCUUCAACAUUGCGAUGCGACGCGCAAACCUCUCUGACGAAGAAAAAGACACCGGCUUUUGUCAGCUUUUCGUCGAAAUCCUAGAAGGAGUUGCUCUCAACUGGUUCACCGGCCUCCAAGAGAACUCCGUCAGCAACUUUCACGACCUCUCGACGGCUUUCCUCAAGAACUAUAUCAUGUUUACUCGUCAGGAAGCCACCGCCACGGAUCUCUGGAAUCUCAACCACGCUAAUGGGCAAAGCCUGAGGGAUUUCAUGGAGAAGUUUAAAUCUGUCGUCUCGAAGGUCGACGUACCAAACCACAUAGCUAUAGAAUCGUUGAUGAACACCCUCCAUACUAAAUCACCAUUCCGAGCAGACCUCAACCAGCAUCCGACGAGAUCCGUACCAGAUGCUAUCGCCCGAUCCAACAACUUCAUCCGUAUGGAAGAAGACACCCGAGUGAAGGCGGCGAAAGAAGCGGCAGAAAAACAAACGACACUCGUCAGGAGCCUCGCCAGCAUUCCGCAGGCGGGAAACCCAACCAAAAGAGGGGUUACAUGA